GAACAAACUCUUCAGAACCACACUGAUACCCAGACGGACCUCGCUUUCUCAUCCGUGUUUUCUGCUCUCGAUUAAGCAACGCAACCCAAGCCACUCGGCGCUCUGUUUUUACUGUCUGCCUAUUUGAAUGUAUUCAGUGCUGUGUUUCCACAAGCUGUAACCUUAAUGUUUUUUUUAAGAAAAUCGUUUUAAAAAUCGUCAAGGGAGACGAUAUUAAUAUAAUUGAUAUACAUAACAUUAACCCCUUUCGAGCCAAUUAUUUUAUCUAGGAGGAUUUCCAGGUAUCCUGCGUCUUGCAGAAAUUACAGAAAAAAAGCUUCAUAUGAGCCCUGUCCUGUGGGAUUCUGUAUGGCCUGUUUUUAGCUGGCCAGACUACCUGAUCCGUAGCCCAGGUCCUGAGGCUGGCGUGGGGGUCCUCCGUUGGCUAUGAAGGUCAUCCAUCAGAAGAACUCUGUGCAGAUCCUGUCUGGACGAGAGCGUGGUGCCCAAGGCUUUGGGUCUCAGCGCCUGCUGCAGCAACUCGUGGAGGAUAAAACCCGAUGGAUGAAAUGGGAGAGUCAGAAAGUGGAAUUGCCAGACAGCCCUCGCUCAACCUUCCUCUUGGCUUUCAGCCCGGACAGGACCUUAAUGGCUUCCACCCAUGUGAAUCAUAAUAUCUACAUCACUGAGGUGAAGACAGGGAAAUGCAUUCACUCACUGGUGGGGCACCGUCGCACCCCCUGGUGUGUGACCUUUCACCCCAUCAUAUCGGGGCUUGUGGCGUCCGGGUGCCUGGAUGGAGAGGUCCGCAUUUGGGAUUUACAUGGUGGUAGCGAGAGCUGGUUCACAGAGAGCAAUGUGGCAAUAGCAUCCCUGGCCUUUCAUCCCACAGCACAGCUCCUGCUCAUUGCCACAAACAAUGAGAUUCAUUUUUGGGACUGGAGCCGGCGGGAACCUUUUGCGGUGGUGAAAACCGCCAGUGAAAUGGAGCGAGUCAGGUUGGUGAGGUUUGAUCCAUUGGGCCACAAUCUUCUGACAGCGAUUGUGAAUCCUUCAAACCAACAGAAUGAUGAUGACUCGGAGAUCCCUAUGGACAGUGUUGAGAUGCCCCACUUAAGGCAGCGCUCGUUCCUGCAGUCCCAGCCUGUGCGUCGGACCCCCCUUCUUCACAACUUCCUCCACAUGCUGUCAUCGCGGACCUCGGGGACGCAGGCAGGGGAGCAGAGCCAGAGUGAGGACAGCGGCGUAGCCCCGAGCCUGCCCUCCGGAGAGGGCAGCCGCUACACUUCCGUCAGGGACCGGCCAGCCUACCAGGGCUGCGUCCAGCACUUGGGAAUGGUCUGCUUCUGCAGCCGCUGCUCCGUGGUCCGUCCGUCCUCUUCCUCCCCACUACAGAGCGAGGACACUGCCCCCUCGGCUUCCUCCGACCUCUCUGCAGCCUCCACCUUCUCCUCGGCCCGGACGGAGCCUCGCCUCCCUCCUGAGCGGCCCGCAGGCCAGCACGAGCAGCGGGCGAGCGAGCGACCCUCCGCCUUCAUCACUGUGCACGGCAGCACAGCCGGCAACUCCCUCCGGAAUCUCUCCUCCGGGCCUGGACGCAGGGGACUCUUAGGGCUGGCGUCUAACCAACCCAUGGGUCACCAGCAACUGAACAGAGACCCUUCGGGGCGAUUGACUGGCACCGACUGUACCGGGAGCAUGUUAAACAUCCGGACAGAAUCUGGGGGUGGUGCAGGGGGCAGUGGCAGCGGCAGUGGCGGUGGCGGCAUGCCCCCACCGAGGACUAGCGCCUCCUCUGUCAGCUUGCUCUCCGUGCUGAGGCAGCAGGAAGGGAGUUCCCAAGCUCCCGUCUACACCUCAGCCACGGAAGGGAGAGGGUUUCCUGGGUCAAGCAACAGAGGCUCGGCCGGGGUGGGAGGAGAGGGAACCCAGAGCAGCCAGGCUUCCAUCCGCAACGUCCUACAGUGCAACCUGAGCCGCUACUUCAUGGAGUAUGACCGCAUGCAGGAUAUGGACCAGGGAAUGAGCCAGGGGGAGGCCAGCCAGUCUCAGCAAACACAGGAGCUGCUCAACAACAAUAUUGACCCUGACAGACCAGGGCCUUCCCAUUACCAACCUCCCCACAGCAGCGAAAACAACUCCAACUUGUCCCGGGGGCAUCUGAACAGGUGCCGGGCUUGCCAUAACUUAUUGACCUUUAACCACGACACCCAGCGGUGGGAGAGGACUGGCCAAGCUGCCCCUUCGGCCACUGAGGAAAGCACUUCUUGGCAACCUCCAAACCCGCCCUUUGAGGGUUUAGGACAAGGGGUGAGCCAGCCGCAGACUCCUGAGAGGAGAGACAGCGCUGGGGGCCCCGAUCCGAGCAGUGGAGCCCCCAGCAAUGAGAGCAGCUUCCCCAGGCAAGGCUCUUCCAAUCCACAAGCAGAGCAGACAGUAGGACUGGUGUACAACCAGGAAAUUGGACAGUGGGAACGAGUUUACGGUCAAUCCGCUUCGAGCCGAACCGGGAAUGUAUCACAAGAGGCCUUAAACCAAGAAAUGCCUGAAGAGAAUUCGGAUGAAGAUUCUCUUAGGAGGAGGCUGUUGGAGUCCUCUCUUAUUUCCCUGUCUCAAUAUGACAUGUCGGGAUCUCGUGAUCACCCCAUUUAUCCCGACCCCGCUAGGUUAUCUCCAGCUGCAUAUUAUGCCCAGAGGAUGAUCCAGUACCUUUCCCGGCGAGACAGCAUCCGCCAACGCUCGCUGCGCUACCAGCAGAACCGACUACGGCCCUCACCCGACAGUCCGCCUGCCAACCCCUCCCAGUCCAUGGAGAACAACGAGGUCGACUUUGAGGAGUUUGAGGAUAAUGGAGAGCGAGCCAGACACAGAGCGCCACGGAACGCCCGGAUGUCUGCCCCCUCACUGGGGCGCUUUGUUCCUCGGCGUUUCUUGUUACCAGAGUAUCUUCCAUAUCCUGGGAUUUUCCAUGAAAGGGGACAGCCUGGCUUGGCAACUCACUCCUCCGUUAACAGGGUCCUAGCAGGUGCUGUGAUUGGAGAUGGGCAGUCGGCAGUGGCCAGUAACAUUGCAAAUACAACUUACCGGCUCCAGUGGUGGGACUUCACCAAAUUCGACCUUCCAGAAAUUAGCAAUGCCUCCAAUAAUGUUUUGGUCCAGAACUGUAAGAUAUACAACGAUGCCAGCUGUGACAUUUCUGCUGACGGGCAGCUGCUGGCAGUGUUCAUUCCCAGUAGCCAGAGAGGUUUUCCAGACGAAGGCAUCCUAGCGGUUUACUCUCUGGCACCACACAACCUCGGAGAGAUGCUGUACACCAAGAGAUUUGGUCCAAAUGCUAUCUCGGUGAGCCUGUCCCCUAUGGGGCGCUAUGUGAUGGUGGGGUUGGCGUCUAGGAGGAUUCUCCUGCACCCCUCCACGGAGCACAUGGUCGCACAGGUGUUCCGGCUGCAGCACCCCCACGGUGGAGAGACCUCUAUGAGGAGAGUCUUUAAUGUCCUUUACCCGAUGCCAGCAGACCAGAGAAGACACGUCAGUAUAAACUCUGCUCGUUGGUUGCCAGAACCAGGUUUGGGCCUUGCCUACGGGACAAACAAAGGGGACCUGGUGAUCUGCAGGCCGGUGGCAUCCAACUCUGGUGCAGAGUAUUUCUGGGACCAGCUGAACGAGGCAAACUUCACCGUCAACAACAACAAUGGCAGCAGCAACCGCAGCACAGAGAGGCCAGGGACCAGUAGGGCUAACUGGAGAUCAGAUAGGGAUAUGGGUUUGAUGAAUGCAAUUGGUCUACAGCCUCGGCAUCCCGCCCCCUCGGUGACAUCACAAGGCACGCAAACCCCCAUCCUGCAGUUACAGAAUGCUGAGACCCAGACCGACAGAGACCUGCAGGAACCAAGCACCUCUACAACUGCCAAUGCAGUCCCUGGACCACAGGAGGACUCAGCCCCCAGCACCAGUACAGAUAUGACCACUGAGAACUUGAAUCAGGACAGUGGCACCGCUGAGGCAUCGUCAGAAGCAGGCACCAGUGCUGCUAACUCCGGUGAGAGCUCGGAGUACAGCUCCGGGGAGGACGCCCUAUCCCGGAUCCGCCGGCUCAUUGCGGAGGGGGGGAUGACGGCCGUUGUGCAGCGCGAGCAGAGCACCACCAUGGCAUCCAUGGGGGGGUUUGGCAACAACAUCAUUGUGAGCCACAGGAUCCACCGUGGCUCCCAGACCGGGGCCGACUCGGCAGGGGCCAGGGGAGCCCGAGAAGGCAGAGACUCUUCCCCACCCGGCCCCUCCACCUCCACCUCCACCCCCUCUCCGCAUAGCACCAUCACCAUCACAGAUCCUGUCAGGAGCCGCUGCCGCAUCCUUGCUCACACUUUGCAAUUGACUAACGAGCCAGACGGCUCCAGGAACGCUCUGCCGGCUUCUGAAGAAAGGGCCCCCUCCCCACAGUUUGCUAACAUCUUCUCAUCUGAAGGAGCAAGCACUUCCAGGAAUGAACCCGGUGCCCUCAUGGACACAGACGAUGUUUUUGAGAACAGCUACCCAGAUAACGAAGGCCUCCACACUACUUCUGCCGCAAACAAUAACAACAACAGCAGCAGCAGCUACACAGAGGAUCCCUACAGUCGAUAAGGGUUCAUAAACAUGCUGGGUCUUUAUUGUGUGAGAACACAGGGAUAUAGACUGAUGCCAGCUAACUGACUGGCAGCUGGCAGAUAUAUGGAUCAACUGGAGCAGAGAUACAGUACAAAGGAAUGUGUUUGUUUUUUAAUCUGGUGUUACAUGUCCUCCUUCAGUCUUUAAACUCUUCUUUUCAUAGGGACUCCAAUCCUAAAGCAACCAUGCCAACUCUUGAAGUACCUAGGUAUUUAUUCAGUUCCUGUUGUUUUUUGUUUUUUUUUACUUACAUUUGCACUUGCAAUAUUUAGCUUCCUAUGUACUAACAAUAACAAAUUGGUACUAUGAUCAUUCCAUACCCGUACUUGAAUACUAGAAUGCUAGCUUUGUUUUGAAAAAGGUUGCUACACGCAAAGUACAGUGUAUGUAUGAUGGUUACUAAGGUGCUGUCUAAAUACCUAGAUCAUUGAAUAGGGUUUCAUGUGUACAGUAGUCAGUGCUACUUGAUGAGAAAAGCAUUAUUAUUAAUUUUAUUUUGUUGAUUUAAUGUAAAAAGUGCCAGCCCAUCAGCUGUCUGUGAUCUGUCAAUUAUGUUUUCCAAUGUGAAAAUCUGCUCUAAUUUGAGCAUGAGCUUAGUUGUAUAACAUGUAAAUCUGUUUGUAAUUAAGAAAAAAAAAAACAUGUUCAUAAGCAGACUGCUUCUUGGCAGUUUUAUUCGCCCUGUUCUAGGACUAGGCUGUGGAAAGAACUAAGGGAUUUGUAGUCAUCUGAGUACAACUCUUGAGGAAUGGAAUUCAGAAAGACUACAGCUCCCAGAGUUCCUUUCUCUGUUGUAGAUCCAGGGUUUGAGUAAAAGAAAAAACAAGAGAGGAAGCCACUUUCCUUAAGAGUAACUUUGUGCUGUUAAUCACCGUGACUAUUCAGUGGAGGAUUACUGCUCCUACAGUGAUAUGGAAAGACACUUUACAGCUUGACUGGCUAGUGCUGCGUUGCAUUAGAAAAUACAGAACACUGGUUAUGUAAUAGCUGCAUGGUUUUCUUUCUUGGAGCCUUGAGAAUAGCCCCAUUUUAUUUUAUUAUUUUUAUUUUGUUUUACUUGCCCCAGGCAUGAGCUCAAUUGAUGCCAACCCCCACCCCGCCUGCCUAGCCACUAGAAUUUUCAAAAUAAAAGUGGCAUUCAAGUCACCCUCUGUUUCUUCUAGCUGAGCAUUUGCACUCAACACAUUUGGAAAUCAGCCAAUCAGAGAUCAUCGUUGGCAGUCUUUCUUCCUAUUCCCAGCUGACUGCAGAUCAAACUUGGCAUUGCAAGCACCAACCACUAGUUUGGAGAAACUUGAGAUUUGAACCUUUGUUGAAUGUGCAUGUUACCACUAGGGUAACACAAUGAAAAACAGCUCCAGACAGACAGGGGAGGGCUAGGUUGAAGGUGUUGAGAUUAACUAGGCGACCUCUUAUGAUAUAACUUGAAACAAGCAAUCAGCCCACAACUACACCUUUACAGAGCUGCUCAUGAAGACCUUCGCAUUGGUGGUCUAGAGCAGCUUUCUGAGGGGAAGCUUAUAUGCUUUGAUUUUGUCAUAGAACAUAGGAUUAAUACCUGUUGAUUUUUUUAAUAUAUUUAUUAUGAUAGCUUGUUAUCACAAACCCAGUUUGUUCCUCAAACUGGAGGAGAGCGACCCUCUUAGAUCUGUUGCACCAUAGCUAAGGCUGUAUUUUUUUCAUAGAUUUCAUGAUUUCCGUGACAUUUACCCAUUGCCAUGUAAUAUGUAGUUACCCGUGAAAAAAGCCAAUUUCUGAAAGAAUACAGCAAAUGUUUGCCUUGUUGACGCAUUACCUGUUACAUUUAGGAACCUGGCAGCCAGUUUAGUUUGCUUCUGGUAAAUGAUUGAAAACACUGCACAGAGCUGCAUGAUUUCUUAAAGAUCAAAGAUCAGACAUAUUUCUGCUGAAGAUCGCUUGGUCCAGUACAAGUUCAUAGGUCUGUUGUUAUUUUUACAUUUAUUUAUUUCUUUCUUUUCAUAAUUCACUAAUGAUGAAAAUAGAAUGUCUUUAAGAGGUGGACAUAAAACAAAAAAAAUAUUCUACAAUUUAGUAUUUACUGUUUUUCUGGAAACCAUUUUAAUAUGUAGGAACAUUGGUUGUAUAAUAAUGCUAAAGAAAAUUAUCCAUUGUUAAUGUGACAACACUAUUUUUUUUUUUUUCCUGCUUUAAUAAAUAUUAUGUUUUAUCGUAAAAUAUAUUGAAAUACCAAUUUUUUUGGCUGCAAAAUGCAAUGAAUCCAGCCAUUUUUUACAGUGAAAAAAAUACAGCCCUAACCAUAGCUCUUUAGCAGGUAACUGGUGCCCUAAGUCUGUGCUGCAAUUGGGUUUGCCUACCUCGUGUUGCCAUCAGCGGCCAUAUACUUGAAGCAUGCCUCUCACUAAUUUCCAGAAAAAUGUGAUACCGUGGUUAGAAGCUAGGUCCCUUACAAGUGAAAGCACUUCCUUGGUGCCAUUUUAGAAAGGACUGCUUAUCAAGUAUGAGUGGUAUAGAUUUGUUUGAUGGAAAGUGUUAUAAAAAAAAAAAAAAUGUAUUCUAUUUAUUUAAAAAAAAAAACACCAUUGAAGAUUUAUUUGACCUUUCGUCAUAGUAACUAAAUAUCUGUGUAAAAUCAGAAUGAAGGAGCUGCACUAUAAUUGGAAUGCAUCUGGCUACACCUUCGAACUGUAGUUUUAGCAACAUUUCCAAAAAGAAAGACCAGGAAUUGAAAGAAUUCUUAAAUGUGGCAGAUGGUACAGUAUUUUGAAGAGCAUGUGAAUUGUUAAGCUUUCUUAUGACUUUUAAAAAGCACUCUGGCUAUUGAUUUUUUAUGUUUUAGUGUUUUGGUCUGAGCAGCUCAAUCAACCAGGACAGCAAGUUUAAUUAUAUAUAUAUAUAUAUAUAUAUAUAUAUACUAAUUAUAAUUAUUGUUACAGAAUGACAGCCUCUAGAAUAGGGGUGUCCAAUCCCUGUCCUGGAGGGGCAUUCCAUUCCAGGUUUAACAGGUGAAAUUAUGUAAUCAACUACUUGAGGUUCUGGAUGGAGGUUUAAUUGGUUCAAUUGAACCAUUUAGAACCCACUGCUGCUGUAGAACAAAACACAGAGAACAUGAUCUGACCUGCUGAUUAUUUUCUAAAACCUAAAAGCGUCCUUUUCCUGCUGAAGAAUUUGAGUACUGAGGCUGCCAAUGGACACAGUUAUGUUGUGCCUUGAUGGUUGUGUAAAAUAUGAAGGUCUUGCUGAAGGAAUACAUCUAGCAAACGAUUAGAACCAUUAAUACAGUACAGUUUGUGUUUAAAGCGAUUGUUGGCGAAGCCUUCCUUGCAGUUGAAUGUAUAUGAAUCACAUGAUCUAGUAAAGGUUUUGGUCUACUCUAAACAUAUUUUGGCUUGAAAGGGGAGUGAUAUCGGUAUGAGGUUUUAUCUGGAUCGUCAGGUUAUUAUUAUUUUUUUUAUAUGUACUAUUUUAGAAGAAAAAUGGUCAAAGUGCUACUAAGUGCUGUGGGAACACCAAAGAUCCUCAUCAUCAUCAUCAUCAUAAUAAUAAUAAUAAUAAUAAUAAUAAUAAUAAAUGGAAAACUUGAA